AUGCCUCGCCAAUUUGACCCUAACUUCACUCCUUCCGUUAUCAACGGCAUGGGUCCCAAGACCCCCGAGCGUGCUCGCGUCGUCUUGGGCUCUCUCAUCAAGCACAUCCACGACUUCGCUCGUGAGGUUGAGCUUACCUCCGCCGAGUGGAUGCUCGGUGUUGAGUUCAUCAACUCUAUCGGCCAGAUCAGCACUCCCAUCCGUAAUGAGGGACACCGCAUUUGCGACGUGAUUGGUCUUGAGUCUCUCGUUGACGAGAUCGCCAACAAGAUCAUCACCGAGGACGGUCUCUCCCCCACCUCCAACGUCAUUCUCGGUCCCUUCUGGUCUCCAAACGCUCCCUUCCGCGCUCUCGGCGACAGCAUUAUCCAGGACCCCAAGCCCAACGGCCGUGUCACCUACAUGCACGGUGUGAUCAAGGACAUGGAGACCGGCAAGCCCAUCCAGGGCGCCGUCCUCGACAUCUGGCAAGCCUCCGCCAACGGCCAGUACGAUUUCCAGGACCCCACCCAGACCGAGAACAACCUCCGCGGAAAGUUCACCUCCAACGAGAAGGGCGAGUUCUUCUGGUACUGCUACCACCCCACCCCUUACUCUCUGCCCACCGACGGCCCCGCCGGUGUCCUCCUCGGCCUCAUGGACCGCUCCCCCAUGCGUCCCGCCCAUAUCCACUUGAUGAUCACCCACCCCGAUUACGCCACCGUCAUCAACCAGAUCUACCCCAGCGACGACCCUCACCUCGAGAUCGACUCCGUCUUCGCGGUCAAGGACGACCUCGUUGUAGAUUUCAAGCCCAAGGAAAACGACCCCAAGGCUUCCCUCGACAUGGAGUAUAACGUCACCAUGGCACUGAAGAAGCACCACCCCAACCCCAACUCCGCUCCCCCUGUGUCUUCUUUCGAGCGUCACGCCAAGGCGGCCGCUGGAAAGCUGUAA